AUGUCUACAGUCGCGUCAACUCGGUACAGACCCCACGACUCCUCCCCCGUCGGAUUUUCUGACACUAACCUUGACAAGACCGCAGUCGGUCGUCGAGACAGCAUCUCACCUGCGAACGCCCUCCACCAAGCCCCAGCCGCCGAUAUGAAUGAAGAGAGCCUGAACCCGCACGCCUUGCCUUUCCGGCCAGGCGGCCCCAGUAACGAUGCCCGCCUCUGGAACCGCAGUCGCAACGAAAACCCGCCCAUGCCACCUCAUAUGCCUCCCAUGCCGCAUGCACCCUUUGGCCAUGCCGGCGCACCGUGGCAGAUGGGCUUCCCACCCGGCCCUCCACCUGGCCCUCCGCCGCCACCUCCGUUCUUCACGGGUAACCAGUUCCCGCAUAACGACUUCGAGGCGCACCAGCAUGCGCAUUCGUUCGAGCAGGCGCGCGCGCAUCACCAACCACAGUGGCCGCACAACUAUGGACCUCCCAUGCCGCAUGCCAACUUCCCGCCGCCACCUCCGCCACAUCUGCCGUAUGGCCAACCGCCCGGGUUCCCGCCGCAGUUCUUCUCGCAACACUUCCCGCAGCAGCGCCAACCGCCGCCGCCUCCGCGCCAGCCAGGCUACCCACAGCCACACCCUGCGCAUUUCCAAGCGAUGCAACAUGCGAAUUGGCCACAAGGUGCAAGCACGGAGGACAUCCAGUACGCUUUCACUGCCUUAAUCAAGGAUCUCAAGUCGAAGAAUCGCGGCGCUAACUCAUGUGACAGGGCGCCUACUCAGACUCCGAAAAAGAACAAGAAGUCCAAGGCAAAAGCCAAGGCUGCAGCCAACGGCGACGACCUUCAAGAGUAUGGCACCCUCCAUCGAGUGGACCCACCCGGGCUAUGUACUUCACGUAUUGACAAGAUCCACAGUCCUCCUCAGUCCGCCAAGGCCUUGAAGAAGGGUAGAUACGGAGACGCGAAGAUCAUGUUGCCUGCGCCGCAGCCCACAGAUCUCUACAUGAGCCAAGCGUCUGAAGAGCCAUCUUUGAUUGACCCACCUGGCCAUCUCCUAGUCAUUCUGGACCUCAAUGGCACCGUUCUCUACCGCCCAAACAGGAAUAGUACGACAACAAUGAUCGCGCGUCCGUAUCUUUCGCCCUUCUUGCGCUAUCUCUUCCAGAACUUCAAAGUCAUGGUAUGGUCAAGCGCGAGGCCUGCCAACGUAAAGGCACUUGUGGACAAGGCGCUUGACAAGGAUCUCAAGGACAUGAUGGUAGCUACCUGGGCGAGAGACACGUUUGGACUCUCGGCAGCCAACUUCAAUCAGAAUGUGCAAGUGUACAAGAACUUGAGACUGAUUUGGAGCAGAGACCAGAUCCAGCAGCAUCAUCCACAAUACGAGGCGGGACAGCGCUUUGGUCAGCACAACACCGUCCUCAUCGACGACUCCGCACUGAAGGCCAGUGCUCAGCCCCACAAUCUGCUGGAGAUCCCAGAAUUUGAGGCAACGCCUGAACAGAUGGAAGGUGACGUGUUGCGAGAGGUUGCCGGGUACUUGGAGGUCUUGAGGCAGCAGUCGGAUGUUUCAAAGUUCAUCCGUAAGGAGCCAUUCACAGGUGAUGGUCGUUGGAAUUACGACUGGCCGGUCGAGGCUCCGAACGGCGGCGAAUUAAAGGACAAGGUGACACUGAAGGCUAAGCGUCAAGGUGGAAAGUCGCAGACUCCGAAAGGCUCGACGCCGAGAAUUUACACACCAAGGGCUUCCACACCAAGAGCCUCCACGCCAAGGGCAUCGACACCACGAUCUUCGACACCAAAAGCACCAGUCUCGAACGUGACGAACUCGCUUUCUUCCGUGUCACUGAAAGCUGCUGAGCAGGCCGCUUAGAAGGGAUUAUAUUGGGCGUUAGGACAGUAUUUACGUGACCAUGACGGAUCGCGUUGGAUGCAAGGACAUUGCAUGGCGUGGCAUGGACAAAAGUCAUAUAGCAAGCUGGGUAUAUGCAGAUUGAACAGGGUGAUUGUGGUUCGCUUCAAUGUGCUAAGAAUGAAACUCUUUGGACGACUUGAUCAUGUUUUCAUGUUCGUCGUGCAAUAUUUAAUAUUCAAAUGAGA